AUGGAAACAAUCAGCAGCAUAACCACCGUGGCCAGGAAGUCCGUCUUCGGCGAAAACGCCACAGCUACACAAUCCGGCACUGAACCUCCUACCGGCGACGCACCAGGAAAAGGCACACCCGACGUCCCCUACGAUCCCGGCAAUGUUCCAGAGCAAGUCCCAACAGAAUCUGGCGUUGAACCACCCUCUGGUGGCCCACCAGGAAAAGGCACCGCAGAUGCUCCCUUCGACCGCGGCAACGAACCCGAACAAGUUCAAAUCACUGGCGGUAUAACCAAUACAACAAGCGCGACUGAUUCUGUACCCUCAAACACUACACCCGCCAACAACCCGGACCACUCAAAUCCCUCAGAGAUAAAGGCCGCAGUAGCAUCCAACGACGCCUCAAACCCCACCAGCACCACAAAAUUACCCAAUGACACCGCCUCCUACGACACAGAAUCCAAUCCCCAACCCACCAGUACCGUGAAACCCAGCUCCCACUCGGCACUCUUCGGUCUAGGCAAAAAGGAAGACGGAGGUGCAAGUGACACAAUCCACCCGCCAAAGAGCUCAAGGGAGCUCACAGGUACGAUCGCCGAAGCGGCCGAGGUGAUGAACGAGCAGGCUGAAAAGGAGAGUAAAGGCGCGACUGAGGAUGAUACGGGGGGGUAUGUGGGGUUGAAGAAGGCGGCCAUGGAGGAGGAAGAGAAGAGGAGAAACGGCGGUGCUUCUGAGGGCACGGGUUGGGCGCCCGGCGCAGCUGUCACGGCCGGUGAGAGAGAACCGAGGUCCAUCGAGAAAAAGGACAGUCUCGGUCGCGAAAUCAGUCCCGGCGAGAUGCCAGAUGGCACGCACAGGAAAUCCAUCGCCGAGGGUAUGCCUCAGGGACACCAUUUUGGGAGGAAAAACACGGGCGGCAACGGGGAGAAGAGUGGUGGGUUUAGGGAUCGAUUGAAGGAUAAGUUCAGGUCGAAGAAAUAG